AUGUCGGCCAUGCACGGCUUGACGGCUCUUGCAUUCCUGGCGCUGGCACGUUUGCCUCAAAUCCUUGUGGCAGGCGCUGCGCAGGAGCUGAAUUGCUGCUUUGUCCCAGUCGGCCAGCCGGCCGUUCUCGCCUGUGAUGUGACACAGGGCGAGGUGAUCUCGGAUGUGCCGUUCGCCUACUACGGCGACAUCCCUGUGGAGGACCGCGUUUGUGGCGCCGACCUCGCCCGUCACAAGAGCUGCGGCGUGGAUGUGCAGAAGCAUCUCCUGCAGAAGUGUCACCUGCAACAGACAUGUGAAGUGGACUGGUCGGAGUUUUCAGCGCAGUGUCCGGGGAACCACGAACUGGUGAUGCGCUGGACUUGCAAGGCAGGCGCAUCUACGAGCACCCGGGCCACGGAGCACAAGGAGCUCCUUGGGCCUCUGUUCGCUCGUGGGUCCAUCCUGGCAGAUGCCCGGGGUGAGAGGGUGCGGCUGCAAGGCGUGAAUUGGCCUGGCGCGCACAUCAGCCACGUGCCCUCCGGUCUGGACCGGGCGCCCUUGGCAUCGAUAGCGACGAGGAUCCGAGAGCAAGGUUUCAACGUGGUGCGCCUCACCUGGGAUGUCAACACGGUGCUCACCAACCCGACCGUUGCGAACCGGAGAGUGGCCGCAAACCCACAGCUGCUGGGGAAGCGCGCCCUCGAUGUCAUGGAUGCAGUGAUCGAGGCUUUGCAGAUAGCUGGCGUGGCCGUUUGGCUGGACAACCACAUGCUGGACACGGAUUGGUGCUGCACUGAAACUGACUGCAAUGCCUUCUGGUUCAACGCCAACCACAGUAUGACAGACUGGAUCGAGGCCUGGCGCGUUGUGGCCCGAAGGAGCCGUCAGUUCAAAGCAGUGGUGGCUGCCGGGCUCAAGAACGAGAUCCGGCGCGUCACCACUGGCAAAAGCUGGGGCUCCGGACCUUUCUGCGACGCGAGUUUCUUCCAGCCGGGCCUUGGCAACGAACCGGUGGGGGCCCAGUGGGCCACCGGGCCGAAACACCUGCAGUGGCGCGCAGCCGCGGAGCACGCUGGGUUCGUGGUCCUGGAAGAGAACCCAGACCUUCUGAUUUCUCUUAGUGGUCUGGACUAUUCCUUCGACCUGCGUGAGGUUGGAGAGAAGCCGCCGAGUCUGCCAAAGGACAAGGUGGUCUUUGAAGCACAUUCCUACAGUUGGCAGCACUUCGCCGUCGUUUUUGACGUGCGGCUUCCUGGCAGCAUCCUGGCGCGAGGAGCUUCCUCCAUCUUGCAGUCGCAGUGCCUGGCGCUGGGUGCACAGUGUGCCGGGCUGUCUUGCACCACCGAGGACGAUUGCGAGAUGCGCUCGGGCGAAGGUGCCGGCCCGAUGAGGGGGGCUGCCCCACUGGGCGGUUGGUACAGCAUGAUCCGGAGAUACGAUCCCGACCUGGCAGACUUUGCGAAGAGAUCUGAGCAGUGGUGGGGCUACCUGGUGAAACAGGGCAUCGCACCCGUCGUCGUGACGGAGUUUGGUAUGGCUCACGACUUCCGGAGCAGUCCCGAUGUGGCCCAGUGGUGGGAGAAGCUGUCCGGAUAUCUGACCAAGGCGAGUCCGUUCUUGUUGAUUGGCAGCUGUAGGCUUACUAGGUAG